AUGAGCGACGCAGACUGCAACGCGGGCCAGGCGUCUGAUGGCGGUGCCCCUGAACGCGCCACCGAGCAACUCCCGGACGCGCCUCCCGCUGGAGGGGGUGCUUCGGGCUCGGCUGGUGAGCAGGGCGACCGCGGCGCAACUUCUGGCCAUGCGGACACGCAGGACGCGCGCCAGGCUUCGUUUGAUGAGCAUCAAGAUGACGCUAACACCCCUGACGACGCGGCCAGCAAGUCGAAGGCGCUGGUGGUCAAGACUGCGGGUACCGACACACCUCCGCACGCCAACAAAGACGCGGAUGCAGCCGACCGCAAGGGCAACGGCGACACCGAGGGCAAGGUGAAGGACGCAGCCGGCUCGACUGCCACGGCGGCUGGCAGGACGGGGGCCUUUGCGGGUACUUCGUGUGCGAGUCGCAGCGCUAGCGCCGAGCGCCUCCCUGACAGCGGCAAGGGAGCUUUCGGGCUGAGUCUUCAGGACUCGUGCUCGCGUGCGGCGCAAUCCUCCAAUCCGGAAUUGGCGGGUCAGUCACCUCCGGCGCGCUUCGCGGUCAGCUCGGACCUCAAUCUCACCUUCCUACAAGGAGUGUUUCCUGCGCACGGCUUUGGGGGCAUCGAGGCGCUCUGGACCGUGGAAAGUCUCACAGACAAGGAAAUCCAGGAGCUGAUUGACUUGCUGGACCCGGGUAUGGAGCUCCACCGCUCUGUGCUACGCCUGCGGUCUUCCGACACGGGGCGCUCCAUCUCUGAGCUCCACGGACUCCUGGAUAGUAUUGCGGCCAAGCGCGAACUCGCCUCACUCUUGCAGUGUUACGACCUCGAUGGCCUCGCGCGUAGGGUGUUUGGAACAACAUCGCUGGACAGUGAGCUGCAGAAGGCCAAGCGCGAUAUCGCCGUCCUGAACCGCUGCUGGGAGGAGACCCUGGAGGUCGCCACCAAGAAGCGCGAGCAGGAGAUCAAGGAUCACGACCGGGACUUCAAGCGAGCUGCGCAAGAACACGAGCGCCAGGAACAGGCGCUGCAACUCCAAAUCGACAAGCUCUCCCGGGAAAAUGACGAUCUUCGUUCCACUGUCCGGACGAUGACUUCUCGGCUGAAGGCCGGUUCCAUGAACGUGGGCAGGACGAUGAACUUCCUGAAUCGGCACAACACUCGGGUUGACGGCAAUUGGCCUCGCCUGAAAGCGCUCCUGGAAUGCGCCAAGGACAACAAACUUCCUCCGGACGGCUGGGCUACUCAGAUCUUGGUGAACGCGGUCGACGAUUUCGGGGCACAACCUGGGGCUUACGUCUUUGUGGACGACGGUGACGACGAUCAGGAAGAGAAGGACGAUGAUGGCCCGGGCGCGAGAGAGGGAUCCAAGGACGCGCCCCUCGACUUCACCCAAGACUCGUCCGCUCCGUCAACCACCUCGUCACUCAAGUCCCGCUCCGUCAAGACAUCUCGAGCGCCGAAAAGCGCAACUGGGCGGCACUUCCAGCUCCGUCCUGAGGUGUACACCCCGAAUGAGCUGGACGCGAUGGACCCGCUGACUCCGUAUGCGCGGUCGGUGGAAGACGCACGGGCUUCGCUGGUGGCGCAUGCCGUGAUCUGGGACAAGCUUCGCCUGGAUGUGCAGUUGGCGAUGCAGUCUGGGCUCGACUACCUGGACGCGUUCGACCUGGUCUGCGGGGACAAUGUCGUGCAUCCUCGGUUCCACGUUCGGGACCUGCUCGAGCUCCUCGUCCGGAUCAUGUAUUGGCGCAAGUUGGACCAGACACCUUGGACGAGCUACGUCCCGAGCUGGUACUACAAGAAGGCCGAAACCAGACUGGAGCAGCUCACGUACAUACCGGACAAGUGGCCUGCCCUGAAAAGUGUCCGCCUAGACGAGGAGGCGGAGGUGAUGCAGGCGAUGUAUUCCGAAGUAUGCGACGACAUCGACGACGAGACGCAGGACGAGACAUUCAGGACGACCAAGCCAUUCAAGGCCAAGCUCGACUUGCGUACCACGCCCCCUCGGGAGGCCAAACGCCGCAACAGCACGUCUUCCACUACUUCAAGUACCACCGGGUCCCUGCAUCCUGAUCCUGAAGUCGCCCCUCCUCCGGCCAAGCGUCCGCGCGCAGCCUAA